CAGCGCAGGAGCAGGGACUGCGCAUGCGCACAGCUGCCUCAACGGCUGACUAAAGAGCUGACUGAAGGGCGCUCCAGACAUGGAAGGCCCAAAACUCAGCCAGAAGGAUGUGGCUCCCCAGAGCCUGGGAGUCCUGAAGCUCCGCAGGGAAGUGCAGGAUGAGAAACCAGGAGUGACCUCUGUGGUUGGAUCCAGAGGGGAUGAUGGGAAGAAAGUCCCUGAGCAGAGAGCCUUGAAAGGAGAAGGGGACUGUGUAACAAGCCUGGCAGCUCCUGGCCCUGACAAUGAAGACAAGGAAAAUCAGGAGAGUGGUAAACUUCAGGAUGUGGAGCCAGUGGUGACCUCCCUCGUUGUCCCUAGAGAAGAGGAGGAGAAAGACACUAAGAAGAACCUGGAGAACAUUCCUGAGCAGGAAGCAACAGCAGGAGAAGGGCUCUGCUUGGAUGCAGGAGAUGCCUGGCCCAGCAAGGAGGACCGGGGCUAUGAGCAGGAGCCAGGGCAGCAGCAACUGGGAGAGCCUUGCCUCUUCUAUGAUGUGUCCAGCAGGCUGCAGCUGCAGCAAGUGGAGCGCAUCUUCCAGCGAGCUCAGUACCCAGAUGUGUUUGCAAGAAAGGAGAUUUCAAUACCCACGUGUGUUAUUGAAGCCUCAGUGUCCGUUAGUAGCCUUGACAAGGAUUCUUCGGAAAAACCACUCUAGACAAGGAUUCACCUGGAAAGCUGCAGAACAUCCAUGCUUUCCUCCUGGUCACUCUCUGGCUGCUGUGUUCUCAUUACCUUUAGCACCUUUGUUAAAUAAGUUUUGAAUUUGGAGGUUUUAGAAAGCAGGGAUGGGAUUAGUAAACCCCAGCAUAUGGAAAUUUGUCAGUACCAAAAGCGACAUGACUUACUAAUGGAAAAAACUUAAAGAACCAGAUUGCUACUCUGAUUCCUUUUACCAAAUUAAAUAUAAGUACAGUUUAUCUCUUUCUAA